AUGGACUUUUGCCGCAGCCAGCAACAGUCAGCCAAUGCUGCCCACAUGUGGGUUUUUCUUGUAGUCUUGGUGUGGCCAAUCACAGUCGGCAAUUUGCUGCCUGCAGAGUAUUUCUAUAUCUCUGGUUCUCUUUCCUCUCCCUUGACUAGUGAGGAUAGGUAUGUUUGCCACAUGAGGAAAUCCUUCACCUUGUGCUCUGGGUCGGCCAAUCCUGCUGGCAUGUUCCUCCAAGAGCAAUGCAACAAUGUAUUUCUCCGAAAGAUUGAGCCAAUCCCAGUAGUAUCUCGAAAUUGGUGGAGAAGAUCUUCGUCUUCGCUCCCGCCUGCAAUCUAUGGUGUCGUUCUCACCAUAUCAUGGCAGGAAGAUUAUGAGAAUCAUGCAUAUCAGUCCAUCGCAAAUGCCUGA